AUGCCUGUCGCCAUUGUGACUGGGGGCUCUCGAGGUAUUGGAAAAGCAAUCUGCUUACAAUUGGCUGUGGACGGGUUUGACAUCGCAGUGAACGACAUUGCGGCGCAAUCAACCGCGCUCGACCAUGUGAAAGAAGAAAUUGAGCGCAAAGGCCGUCGGGCAAUCUGUAUCCCAGCGGACGUGAGUAACGAAGACGAAGUCAAGGCGAUGGUAACGAAGACUCUAAAGGAGCUCGGAGAGUUAAACGUCAUGGUAGCGAACGCAGGCAUCGUAAUUCCGAAGAAACUAUUCGACCAGACAAUCCAUGAGUGGGAUCGCGUCAUGGCGGUCAAUGUCCGAGGAGUUUUCACAUGCUAUCGAGAAGCUGGGCGACAAAUGAUCGCGCAGGGGAGUGGUGGGAAGAUCAUCGGCGCAUGUUCGUCAGCUGGACAUAGGCCCACCGUGUCAGGAGUCGCGUACUCGGCGAGCAAAUGGGCUGUGCGAGGGCUCACUCAGGUGACGGCCCUAGAACUGGCGCAGCACAAGAUUAACGUCAAUUCAUACUGCCCGGGCCCUGUUGAGACUGAUAUGUGGGCGGAGAUCGAUGCCAGCGUUGCGGAGAGGGACGGCAUACCUAAGGGUAGCACGUACAACACGGCGGUCCAAACGCGUAUGGCAUUACAACAGCGAUUGACGCCGGGGGAUGUAGCUUUGUUGGUCAGCUUCCUUGCCAGUCCGAGAUCGCGAAAUAUCACAGGCCAAAACCUCCUAGUAGAUGGCGGACAGUAUUUUACGUGA